AUGGCUCAGCUGGCUUUCCGCAUGGGAUAUCACCAAGACCCAUCCCACUUCCCGCGCAUCAGCGCUUUCGACGGCGAGAUGCGUCGCAGGGUUUGGGCCACCAUACACAUUUUGGACGGCACGAUGACCAUGUUCAUCGGCGCGCCGAGGAUUAUCUCAGAUGAGACGUGGAACACGAAACCACCCCCGCAACAUUUCUGA